AUGGAGACCCAGCGCCGCCCGGGGCAGGGGGCCAGGAGGGACCAAGGCGGGACCCCCUUCCCCGGCGGCCGUGGCGAGUCCGUGGGGAUCGUGUUCUGGGGCGGUGACAUCACCUCGGGUUACCGCCCACCUACCAGCUCAGCCGUGGGCUGCAUCCUCAGUUUCUUCCAGAUGACCGAUGAGGCGGUCAACAUCUGGACGCACUUCCUACCCAUCUGCUUCUCGGAAUUGGAAAAUCCACGGCUCAGUAAAGCAUUGCGCACGGUGGGCUCCGCCUAUCCGUUCUGCUUUGACAGUCUCCCGCUCUUCCACCGGAUACCGGGAGGUGGACCCCAGCUGUUCCACAUCUCUGCCGGGCUCGGCUCGCACUUCCAAAUGGAGGCGGUGCUGGCCGACACAGGAGCCCGGCGGCCCCGUCGCCGGCGGCCGCCGUGGACCCCGUGGCUGGGAACGGGGCCAUCAUUGCAGCCUUCACCGGAGCCCCGCGGACCGCUCGCCUGCUGCCGGUGGCCGCCGACCCUCCGCCCCGGCCCCAAACCCGACAGCGGGUGA